AUGGUCAUGCUACGCCUAUCAUUUCGCUUUUAUCGACGAAGACUUUACACAACCAAGAUGCUAGUAGAUGUACCGCGACUAGAUGUUUUGCUUAGAAACGGUGACGGCGGCCAUGGUGCUUUGGCCCACGAAUGUGUGGUCCCGGGCGAUGACCUGGACCUGGUCGACGAUGGCCUGGUCCUGGCCUUCCUGGAUGAUGUCCGUGCCUCAUGCCUUGCACUGUUGAAAAAUACCAGUACUAACGAGUAA